AUGGAGUUUUUUGACCACCCGUUGAAGACCGGCCAGCAUUACGACAGCAUUCUCAUCAGUGCGUUGGCCGUCAUGGGGUUAGACGCCAAUGGAGGGUGGGUUACAGCCGCCAAUUACACGCCGGUGUUGUCCGCCAUCGUCAAGGGAACGCGGUAUUUGGUGUUAUACCAGUCCAUGUUGGAACGGCGCGAACAGAUCAUGCGGUUGCAACAGACCAUGAGCAAGCGGAGGGCCAAGGAGAAGGCAGAUGGGUUAUUCCGCAUUAUCCGUGAAAAGGUAUGGCGGUUCAUGACCAGGAUGCCCGAUCAAAAAGAAGCAGACCCAACGCCGAUGAAUUGGAUCAUCAACACACGAACGUAUGGAAUGAGGAUCCGAUUCACAACGCCCGGCGAAGAGAAGAUCGAUUGGUUUGGCGACGAGAUCAAAUGCGGCGGCGUAAAGAUCAGCAUGGGCAAGAUAUCGGAUAUCAUGCAUAACGCGGUGGCCGAGGCACGGCGGACGUUGGCCAAGUUGACCAUGAUGGCCACCGAAGCACCGCGUCCCGUGGGUCGUCGAGGGUCGAGUCAGGAGGGACAAGCAAGAAGAGGGGAGGACGAAGACGAGCCGUCGAUCCACGACGUAUUGCCGAGGAUCCCGUGGUCACGCAUCGAGGACCGGCAUGGCGAGAGCACGUUGGGGUAUUCGUUUUUACAAGACGAGGCCAACCGGCCGUGGACCGAAGCGGGGGACGAGGGUUCCGCAAGUCGUCCGAGAUCAAGGUAA